AUGAUCGUAUCACCUUCGAGUACUCAUUUUACUUCGAUCUCUCUCUUCUGCAUACAUAUUGGCCAAAUAUUAAAUGCUGCAUGCGGACCUUUGGUUAUGGCACCUGUUUCGCAACUCUCAUGUCUUUGGUUCGGGCCAAAUGAGAGAACACGUGCAACCACGUUAGCCAUCGUAGCCAAUGGCUUCGGUUCGACUAUUGGUUUUCUCAUUAGUCCUUGGAUUGUGAACACACCCGAACGUAUUCCUCAACUUCUUUAUAUUCAUUUUGGUCUCGCCUUGAUUCCUUGUAUACUGACACUAAUAUACUUUCCAGCACAACCACCACAAGCUCCUUCACCCACUGCUCAAUUGCUUAUUGAUGGCUCGGCAAGCGAACGAAACGUUAGUUCAUUGGGUGUUUAUAUAAAAAAUCUCAGACAAUGUUUUGCCACACCUUCAUUCCUACCUCUCUGCUCCGUUGGUGGUCUGUUAGGUGGUGCCUUUGCAGCAUGGACGAGUCUCUUUGCUAAUAUUCUAGCACCAGAGAACUUCACAGAGAGACAAUCAGGUUGGUUUGGUUUUGGUUCAACUCUGGCUGCAAUUGUCGGUGAUCUAUAA